AGAAAAAAAAAGGGGGGGAUCAGUCAUCUAGCCAGCCAAAGGAGAGAAGUGGGCGACACUAAGAGACCGAGACGGGAGCCAGAGGAGAGAACCAAACAGCCAGUCGGAGUGAAAGUGAGAGGGAACGGGAGCUGUGGGACGUGAGGUGAAAAUGGCACAACGUCUGCGUUUGUAUUUUGGCUCAGGCCGCAGUAACACAGCCCCGGAGAUACUAGAAGGAGACUCCGAGGAGCAGCAGGGAGACAACGAUGUGGUCACGCCACUUCGCAUGCAGUCUCCUCUGGUAUCGAGGCCUUCUCAGGAGCCAGCUGCGCAGCAUGGCCCACCAAGAGCUUUCGGUACGCGGUCGGAGCCUUCACUUAAACGCAGCUCCUCCAUGUUCAUACCUCAGCUCGCCGCCUACGCUGAGCCACGGCCCACCAAGAGCUCCUCCAUGCACAUCUCCCUCCAGCGCUCCAAUGGAUCGAGUAAUGGAGAUUUCCGUGGUCAUGCCGAUGAUGUCCCGCCACCCUGUUAUACUCCUCCAGGACCUGCUCCUGCCUAUCCCGAACCACAGAUCGGAGCAGACGUUCCGCAACAUCCGCCUCCUCCAUACUACAGCCCAGAAUCUUUAAACUCGCAAGCUUUUCUGACAGAGCCGGACCUUCCCAAACGCAGGGUCUUUAGUAUUGGUUCCAAUGGCCAUACUGUGUAUAGCAGAGGCCAACCUGGUAUCAGUGUUGGUGGUAUUUGUAUCCAGAGGAACUCUCUUGAUGGUUCUGAUAUCCAGCAUUUCAGAAUUCUCCCUUAUGGUGGCACUGGCUGGUCUGUCCAGCAGCCGAACUUGGACCAGUGCUCUGUUGUUAAUGGUGGAACACAGAGACUAGUGUUUCAGCUCCAGCAAAAUCAGAACCAGGAUCAGACCCAGGGCAGGCAACAAGCUGCUACAUCCCAGGAAGAAUGCACAGAUGUUGGCUUUAUCAGCUCAAGAGGUAGCGGCAUGGUGCGAUACCCGAGAAUUCGACUGGAGAGAAGCUCAUCUCAUCAGAGGCUGUUGCCGGAGAAUCAACACAAUAUAACUGGUGGAGAAAGCCAAGCUAUAGAGGAGACCCAAACAGACAUGGAGACACAGAGAAUGGAAGGAAGAAACAGAUCUAAUGGUUGUACUUUCAAAAUCAGUGGGGAUACUUCCAGAAGGCAGCCUCAUUUCAAGAUAUAUUUUACCCCAGGUGGAGGUGGAGAUCAGGUUGUGAGCCUUGGCAAUGAUUCGACAAGGAAUAAUCCCAAGACCAGAGAUGAUUUCCUGGGACAAGUUGAUGUUCCUCUCAGUCAUUUGCCGACAGAGGACCCUGCUAUGGAGCGUCCCUACACAUUUAAAGACUUCCUCUUGCGCCCCAGAAGUCACAAGUCCAGGGUGAAGGGUUACCUACGUUUGAAGAUGGCCUAUCUGCCAAAACUAGGAGGACCAGAGGAGGAGGCUGGAGAGAUGAGGGAGGAGGCUGAGGGAUGGGACGAGUCUGCAGACUCGGGCUCGCAGCGACCUCAGCAGCUGCUUCCCCCGUUGCCCCCAGGCUGGGAAGAGAAGGUGGACAACCUGGGACGCACCUACUAUGUCAACCACAACAAGCGCUCUACACAGUGGAAACGGCCCUCCAACAUAGAUGUGAUUUCGGAGACUGAGAGUGACAAUCAACAGCGGCAGAUCAACCAGGAAGCACACCGAGUUUUCCGUUCAAGACGCCACAUCAGUGAAGACUUGGAGAAUGAGCACUUGGAGCCCAGGGACCUGGACAAUUCCUGGGAGCUCAUCACGGAAGAGGAUCCUAACGACAGCAUGACCCAGUCUCUACCUGGCCCCUCAUCCGUCUUGACACCACAACACCCGCCGACACCCGUCACGCAGGAGUUCUCUGAAGAUUUAAAUUUGCGGCUGUCGCUCACUCCUGAUACCAACGGCGAAGUGCCAGGUCCCAGCUCUGCUCUGGGCCAGAUGUCAAACAGACUCCGAUCCUCAAGUAUGACGGAUGGUGUCAGUGAUCAGGCCCAGGCCCCUCCUCUUAUGCAGGGUUCCCAGACCAGAAGAACAAGAGCUCAAACUGUCUCAGGUGGUGAGGAGUCUAUGUCUCCCUCGGCGACUGCUUACACCUUGACCACCCCUGGCCUGCCCCCUGGAUGGGAGGAGAGGAAGGACGGCAAGGGAAGAACUUAUUACGUCAACCAUAACAACCGCACCACUACCUGGACUAGACCAAUUGUGCAGCUGACUGAAGACGGAGCCAGCACCUCAGCAGCAGCAGCAGCAACAGCGGCAGCGGCGUCAGGAGGAGCCUCGGCCCUGGCACCCGCACCCACCCCCUCCUCCUCUUCUACUGCCUCCAACAACCACCUCCAUGAGCCCCAAGUCCGACGACCUCGUAGCCUCAGCUCCCCUACUGUCACCCUUUCCACCCCCUUGGAGGGAGCCAACAACAUCCAGGUGCGGAGGGCCGUAAAGGACACGUUCUCCAACCCGCAGUCUCCUCAGCCUUCCCCCUACAGCUCCCCCAAGUCACAGCACAAGACACAGCAGAGCUUCCUGCCCCCAGGCUGGGAGAUGAGGAUAGCUCCCAAUGGACGGCCUUUCUUCAUCGACCACAACAGCAGAACCACCACCUGGGAGGAUCCCAGGUUGAAAUAUCCAGUCCAUAUGAGGAAUAAGAACUCAAUGGAGCCUGGCGACCUUGGUCCACUUCCUCCUGGAUGGGAAGAAAGAGUUCACUCAGACGGACGUACCUUCUACAUUGACCACAAUACAAAGAACACACAGUGGGAGGACCCUCGCCUUCAGAGUCCAGCUAUCACAGGACCUGCUGUCCCCUAUUCCAGAGAGUUCAAGCAGAAAUACGACUACUUCAGGAAGAAGUUGAAGAAACCGGCUGACAUCCCCAACCGAUUCGAGAUGAAGUUACACAGGAACAACAUCUUUGAAGAGUCGUACCGUCGAAUCAUGUCCCUAAAGAGGCCUGAUGUUCUGAAAGCGCGGCUGUGGAUUGAGUUUGAGUCAGAGAAAGGACUGGACUAUGGUGGAGUGGCCAGAGAGUGGUUCUUCCUCUUAUCUAAGGAGAUGUUCAAUCCUUACUACGGUCUGUUCGAAUACUCUGCCACGGACAACUACACUCUCCAAAUCAAUCCCAACUCUGGCCUGUGCAACGAGGAUCACCUCUCCUAUUUCAAGUUCAUCGGACGUGUGGCAGGAAUGGCUGUGUUUCAUGGAAAACUACUGGAUGGUUUUUUCAUACGACCCUUCUACAAGAUGAUGCUGGGAAAACAAAUCUCCCUUAAAGACAUGGAGUCUGUGGACAGUGAAUACUACAACUCUCUUAAGUGGAUUCUGGAGAAUGAUCCCACUGAGCUGGACCUGAGGUUUUGUAUUGACGAGGACAACUUUGGACAGACGUACCAGGUGGACCUGAAGCCCAGCGGCUCAGACAUGGUGGUCACCAAUGAGAACAAAAAAGAAUACAUAGACCUGGUCAUCCAGUGGAGGUUUGUCAAUCGGGUCCAGAAGCAGAUGAACGCCUUCUUGGAGGGCUUCACUGAGCUCAUUCUCAUAGAUCUGAUCAAGAUCUUUGAUGAAAAUGAACUUGAGCUGCUCAUGUGUGGUCUGGGUGACGUCGACGUCAACGACUGGAGACAACACACUGUUUACAAGAAUGGCUACUGUCCCAACCAUCCUGUUAUACAGUGGUUCUGGAAGGUUGUCCUGUUAAUGGAUGCUGAAAAGAGGAUCCGACUCCUUCAGUUUGUUACGGGAACGUCGCGAGUACCCAUGAAUGGCUUUGCCGAGCUUUAUGGUUCUAAUGGACCUCAGCUGUUCACAAUUGAGCAGUGGGGAACACCAGAUAAGUUGCCAAGAGCCCACACAUGUUUCAACCGCUUGGAUCUGCCCACUUACGAAUCAUUUGAGGACCUGAGAGAGAAACUCCUCAUGGCUGUGGAGAACGCGCAGGGCUUCGAGGGGGUUGACUAAAUGGCGGCGUCUGACUGCAUCCAACCAACCAACAAUAAAAACAAACUAAACAAAAAGCCACAGGGAUGUCGAACCAGCUGCUGUAGCAGUUCUGUGCGAGCAUGUUGUCCUGUAAUGCCCGACUGUGAACCACCUCCACAGCACGGUGGUUUGAGACUGUACAGCGAUUUGUCGAGCCAAUAUGCCUACAUCUUUAUAUCUUUUCAGUGCGGGUAGGCCACUUCUUUAAAGGUGCUGGGGAAAGAACGAGAGAGUCGCACCCUCGAAUGCUGAAAUCUAUUAUCCACAGGCAUGAGCGAUACAUGACGAGAGCUGGCCCCCCUGAUCUGCCGUUUCUUUCCCCUCUACCCUCGUCCUGUGAAAAUCUACAGUGCUGGAAAACACUAAUGCAUUUCAAUAGCUCCUUUAUGUACACUAUAGCACAGUAUUCAAGCACCUUUCAAUUGGAGGGUCUUAGCAUGGCCUUAAUCUGGCUCUUACAUGCACUAUCUCUCUAAGAAACUGCAAUGGCACUAUGAUCACAACUCUCUCAAAUCCUUAGACCAACACCGGAUUACCUUAGGAAUGCUAGCCAAUCACAUUUCAGGAAAUCGGCCACACCCCUCCGUAGAGCCUUGUCUAUAUGUUGUGUGAUCAGAAAUCGCCACUGCAGCCUUUUGUAGAAUAAUGUUUUUCUUUUAUUUUAUAGCCACUGGUAAGGAUUAAAGAAUGGGGGAUGAAAUAAAGCCCCAAAGAUGAUUUUUAUAGUUUUUGUCAUCCUGGAACAAAUUUCUUUUUUUUGUUUUGUUUUUUUAAAUCAUUGGUAUAAUUCUUGCAGGAAAAUACUCUCAACGUAUUUGUACUGAUGAACAAUGUUGUUUACUAUUUUGACAAUUCUAUAUGACAUGGUGUGUGAAGUGUAAAUCUGGCUAGUCUGGGAAAUAAGUAAUCCAUAUCAUUUGUUACGGUGAUAGCAAAUGUGUUGAAUAAAAUGGUUUUUAUUGUAGUGCUAUGAAAGCAGCAUGAAACUGUAUCUUGUGUUCGCUUUGACUACAUGGUAGUAAUUUGGACGUGUAAUCGCUCUCGAGGUCGAGAAGGGAAAACUAAAAACUGGUGAUAGUUUCUCUGAGAUGUUUGCAUCAUGAUUAUAUUAAUAUUCUCAUGCCUGUUGCUGUUCAUAAUGCUGUAAAUUGUUCUUGGAAAAAAAACAUUUUAAGUUCUUUCAUGAUAUAUAAAUAUAUGUAUGAACUACAUUUAACAGAAGUAUUACUGAUCAACAACACUAAAAUGAAGCUGUGUGCGUGCGUGGGUGUUUGAGAGAAAAGCUGUGAUUGCCACUGAAUAUAAAGCAGCACGUUUCUUACAAAGAAUUUUUUUUUUUUCUUUUUUAUGUUUUUGUUUCUCUCUCCUUUUUCUAACACCAUUGAACCUAAAGGGCACUUUAUAGAUCACUCUGAGGUCAUGUCACCUGUUGUAUGUCUUUUGUCAUUAACUUGAAUGUGAUUCAUUUUUUUUUUUCCAUUCGGAGCACUUACCUGGUGCAAUAUAAAUAGUCUGUAAAUCUGGGCUGCUGCUAAGGUAGAAAAAGUUGACAGAAGUGAAGCAGAGACUUCACAUCCUUUAGUAUUCUCUAUUUCCUCUCUUCUUUUCUCUACAUUUUCCUUCCCUUGUGUUUCCUCCCCCCCGUGACCCCACUCUUCAAACUGACUCAGUAACGAUUAGUCCUUUUUUAGAGGGUUUUCUUUUUUUAAUGAAUGAUGGGAAAUAUCACUUUUGUUAAAAGAUUCCACCUCUCUGCAACUCUUUGUGGUUCAUUUAACUUCAGUCAAAUAAAAAUGAAACUUCUCAGUG